GUUAAAAUGACCUGAGAUUGCCUGUUUCACAGUGUUUCUUAAAAUCAUUAAUUGAAUGAAAUGAAUUUAUCCCGAGAAUUUCCCAUUCCCUCGAAAGACCCGUUUCCCCUGGAAGACCCUAGAGCAAGGCUGGAGUAUCCAGGAGUACCUGAAGUUACAAGGACGGGUCGAACCAAGCUUAAGUUCGGAGUAGAUCAAAUCCUCUCCGGAAUGCAAGAAACUCUGCCCUGUGAUCUAAGGAUUAAAACCGAAAUCUCCGAACCAAGUUCAGUCCACGAUCAGCUGUACAGAAAACCGGUUUCAUCUAGUCAACAAACCAGCUCAUUCGGUCAACUUACAAAACAGGAGCCGAAUCCCAGCUCGCACUCUUUUCAAGACGAGUCUCCUCCCUCGUCCCCCUCACCCUCACCCGGACCCCCCCUACAUUAUCCAUUCAGGGAUCACCAUCUGCCUCCUCAUCCAUAUCUUCCAUCCCUAUUCUUCCCUCCCUCAUCCGUCCCUUGUUCAGAACCAUCCCUCUUCAGAUCUCAUCCCUCCCNCAGGACAUUUCAUAGACAGGACAUUUCAUGGACUGGAUAUUUCAUGGCUUAG